AUGUUCCACCGCCCCGCCCUCAUCCUCAGCUUCCUGCUGCUCGCCCUCUUCAUGCCUACCGCAAACGCCGGGCGCCACAAUCCUCCUCCUCGUAAUUGCACCGAAUGCACCGCGAAGAUGGAGAAAUGCCACGAGACCUGCAAGGCUAUGACCGAGGACAGUUGCCGGUUCUACUGCGAGUGCAACGUCGCCGAGUCGGACCACUUCUGCCGCGACUCGUGUGGAAUCGGAGGACCGGAGUCUGCGUGUGGAUACUUCUAG